AUGGAUGGAAGAAAUGAUUGUGUAAUCACUAAUGUUUUGGAGGCUAUGGCUCAUGUGAUGGGUCAGGAAAAUCAGGCGUUGCUGAAUCCGCCGACUUUUAAGGGAAGGUACGACCUAAAAGGUGAUAAGCAAGAAGGAGAUCAAGUUCUUGAGUUGAAACAAGGAAACAUGACUGUUACUGACUAUGCUGAGAAGUCUAAGGAGUUGUUUAGGUUCUACCCACAUUACAAUAUAGUAGGAGCUAAAGGUUCCAAGUGUAUCAAGUUUGAGAGUGGUUUGAGUCUUAUGAUCAAGAAAUUCAUCAAGUAUCAGGAGAUUCGUCAGUUGUUUAUACUGGUUAACAAGUGUAGGAUCUACGAUGAGGAUAACUAUGCUAGAUCUGCUCACUAUAAGAGUUUUAGUGAGAAGAAGAGUGGAAGUCAAAACCGUGGAAAACCCUGA